AUAAUUAGGCAUAGACGUUCAUAACCCGUGAGUACAAAGUAUAAUUUUAAACCGCUCACAUCUUCUUUCAACUAUCUAAACUGCAAGAUACCAUCGACUGUGUAUUUUAUUUCUAGAAAAAAUGGGUACUAACAUAGACGACCUGCCUCUCAUCACGGGAAAUCGUAUGGUGAAGGGUCUGUCUCUCCCCAACUGGGUUUUAGAAUCAAGUAUAGAUGCCAUGGACACGUUUCAAGUUCGCCACGAUGAUGUAUACGUCAACACAUAUCCAAAAUCAGGUACGCACUGGAUGUUGGAGAUCGUCGGUCUCAUCCUAAAUGACGGUUAUCCGGAAAGAAUAAACCGAACCGCUUGGUCGUCUUGCAUUGAGAUGAUAGAUUUAGGUAUCAAUAAGAUACCCAAGACGAGAAAAGAAGAAUUGGCCAACCCGAUGAUCAUGACACCAUUUCUGGACGUUGUGGAGAGAGCGCCCUCUCCGAGAGUCAUGCAAACUCAUCUGCCAUGGAAUCUUCUGCCGCCUGAUAUUCUUCAACGAGCCAAAGUGGUGUAUGUAGCUCGGAACCCCAAAGAUGUUGUGAAUUCCUUCUUUAAUUUCUUAGGGCAUACUCGAGCCUUUGGUAACGCUUCAUAUGACCAAGUCGUUAAAGACUUUAUACACCAGGAAUAUAACUUCCGUUAUGGUUCUUGGUUUGAUCACGUGAUGGCUGCUUGGGAGCUUCGAGAGGAAGAUAACAUUCUCUUCAUGUUCUAUGAAGACAUACAAAAGGAACCAGUGAAAUCCAUUGAGAAAGUGGCCGAAUUUCUCGGACGCCCUCUUUCGGAAGAAACAUUGCAGAGAGUACUUGAAAAGAGCUCUUUCCAGGGAAUGACAAAAACAUACAGAGAAGCGGCAGAAAAGGCAGCAAAGAACAGAGAAGCAGACUUUACAGUUCUCGACGUGAUGAAAAAAGGUACAAGUGGACAGUGGAGGGAACGUUUUACAGUUGCUUUAAAUGAAGACUUCGACGAAUGGUAUGGUGAAAAGAUGAAAGAUACAGACAUCCGAUUCGAUUUCGAGUAGAAGGAUCAAAUCUUGAAAACAUUCAUCUAGUCUUUUUAUGCAUCCAUUAUGCUAUGCAAGGAGAGGAGGA